UUUUUUUUUAUUGUACACACACAUUUACGCACACAUGCACACAAAUCUCGUGUGAAGUGGUAAUGUGAUGUGAUGUGACGAGAUCACAAUUUCGUACAAAAAUCCCAUGUUACUCGAGAAAUGUGAAUAAAAAGUGAUUGUUUUCAAAUAAUUAAUUCAAAAUGAAUCGGCAAAUACUUCGGUUUUAUGUUUUUGUGUUGACACUGCUGGAGAUAUCCCUGAACUCCAAGCUGACAGCGCAGGGAAAGAGUCAUGGUGUGCUACAUGACCCUUUGAUAUCGGACGGAAUCACAUUUCAGGAAUGGGGCACAGAGACGGUGCCAGUCGACACGGGCGGCGACCCGGGCGCGGAGGCGGCGCUGACCGUGUCGCCGGCGGAGCUGCACUUCGGCCCGUCGGAGCUGGGCGUGGCGCACGCGCGCACGGUCACGCUGACCAACCGCUCCAACAGCACGCUGCACCUCGCCUCCGUGGCCGGCUCCACGCCGCACUUCCACGCCAGCUUCUUCGACUCCAAGACGCUGGCGCCGCACGCCAACACGUCGUUCAGCGUGGUGUUCGUGGGGCGGCGCGAGGGGCUCGCCUCCGCGCGCCUGCACCUGCACUCCUCCGCCGCCCCGCUCGCCUACUCCGUGUCGGCGGUGGGCGUGGCGUCGCGCUGGGGGCUGUGGCCGUGGCUGCACGCGGCGGUGCCGGCCGGCGCGCGCCUCGCGCCCACGCUCAGCCUCACCAACCCCACCGACAAGCCCGUGCAGGUGCUGUCAGUAUACUCGAGCGCCCCCUGGCUGGGGCUGGAGCUGGCGGGCGGGGGGGGCUGGGCGCCGCGCUCCGCCUGGACCCUCCCCCCGCGCGCCGCGCGCCCCCUCGUGGCCGUGCGCCUGCAGCCCCCCCCGGCCAGCGCAGAGAAUCAUACUAGGACUAAGGCUGCUUAUAUCAGGAUCAAAACGGAGAUAGGCUCUUUAGUGGUGGGCGUGGAGGCGCGCGCGGCGCCGCGCGGGCUGUUCCUGGCGCCGCUGGGGCUGCGCGCCGGCGCCCGCGGCAGCCGCGACCCACCGCUGCAGAUGGAGGUAUCAUUCGGCAACAGCGCGGCCACGGCGCUGCCGCUGGACGCGUGGUUGUCGCCCCCGCACUGCGCGCCCCUUGAGACCGCCCCCGCGCCCCCCGACCCCCCCGAGCCCCGGGGCGCCAACGGCGGCGCGCGCCCCGCCGGCGUCUCGCUCACACUACUCAUGAACACGGUCGAAGCUAACUCGCCCUUGAAGAAAGGGGCCAUUGUUACAUUUGAUUUCGAGAAGCUGUGGUCGUCCUACACCGGGCCGGCGCCGACGGGCGCGCUGCUGUGCGCGGGCUGGCUGACGGCGGGCGGCGCCGCCGCGCCCUACAGCGUGGCCCUGUGGCGGGGCACGCUCGCCGCGCCGCCGCCCGUGUUCGUGACGUCAUCAACAGCCGCGCCGCCCGCGCAGCCUCUCGUGGUGCACAACGAGUUCCGCUUCCCCGUGCUGGUGACGCGCCUGCAGCCGCCCCCCGCGCUGCUGGCUCAUGUGCAGAUGAGCAAGUUCUCCCAAGUAACAAUAGGGCCCGGCGCCCGCGCAGAACUAGUCACCCUCCGCCCGCGCCCCGCGCCCGCCCCCGCCGCCGCCUGCGCGCCCCCCUUCCAGCACCCGCUUACCAUACACACCAACUUCACUGAUUAUGUUGUGAUGGUGAGCUGUUACAGUGGAUUGUUGGAGCUUCAAUUCCAAUGGCCGGACUCUGCCUGGUCGGACCUGCGGCACCUGCGCCUGGGCGGUGUGCCGGCGGGCGGCGUGGUGGCGGUGCCGCUGCGCGUGCGCAACCCCGCGCCCGCGCCGCUGUGUCUCAGCCGCCUGCACGCCGCCGUGGGCGCUGUUACACCCGCCACCGCGCGGACGGGUUGCAUCCCGCCGGGCGGCUCGCUACUCGGCACGUACGUGAUACGCGCGCCGGCGGCGGGGGCGCUGACGGAUGCCGUGGGGGCGCGCUCGGAGGGGGCGGAGGGGCGCGGGGGCGGCCUGCUGCUGACCAGGGUGUCGCUACACGCCAUGGAAGGGAAGGUUACCGUGGAUGAUGUGGAGCUGAAGGGGUGCGCGCCGUGGGUGCCGUGCUCGGGCCCGCUAGUGGUGCGCUCCACGGCGCGCACGCAAUCUGGAGUCGGCGUGCGCACCGGCCGCCCGGCGCUUGUACACGAGUAUUCGGGCCCCCGCACGCUACCGCCGGGCGUGACGUCACUGGGCACCGUCACUCUGCACGCCGAGUUGUUGCCCGGACACCGCUCCGUCAACACCAGCGAGAGCAGCAGCUGGCGGCGGCUGGCGGCGGCGCGGGGCGCGCUGCGGGCGGACGCCGCGCUGCUGGCCGCGCCGCUACCCCAAACCAACCUCACGCUCGCGCUACACACUGCCGAGAUAGUGAAGGUCCCAAUCCUCGUGCGUGCUCAGCUGAUCUGGCCGCGCCUUUCCCCCGCGCGGGCGCUGUCCCCGCCCCCCGCCGCGCCGCGCGCCCCCGCCCGCGCCCCCCUGCUGCUGCGCAACCCCUCCGCGCGCCCGCUGUGGCUGCGAGCGUUUGUGGCCGAGCACUAUCCCAUGCCUGAUGUCGUCUUAGAGCCGGGCCCGUCGUGCCUGCUGCCGGACUGCUCUCCCGACGCCAGCGUGUUCAACGUGAGCCGCGCGGGGGCCGAGGCGGGGGGCGCGGGGGGCGCGGCGGGGGGCGUGGUGGAGGCGCUGCUGGCGCCGGGCGAGGAGCUGCCGCUCACCGUCACCUUCACGCCACAGGAUGCCAUGCGCUACCAGGCCUUCCUGUACAUUCGGAACAACCUGACGGUGAUGGAGGCGGUGCGGUUGCGCGCGGCCGGCGCGCGCCCCGCCAUCGACCUGCCCGUGGCGGCGCGCGACCUGCUGUUCCAAGUGACGUCGUGCGAGACGGCGGGUCUCCCGCGCGGCGCGGCGCCCCCGCUGACCCUGACGGUGCGCAACCCCGCCGCCGUGCCGCUGCUGCUGGGCGCGCCCGCCCUGGCCGCGCCCGCCCUGCGCGCGCCGCCCGCCCCGCGCGCCUGCGCCGCCCACGGCUUCCGCGUCACGCCCUGCGAGCCGCAAGAGCUCAAGGAGAACGAGAGCGUCGUCUACACUGUGGAGUUCACCACUGACUGGACGCUGUCCCGCGUGUCGCGCGCGCUGUGGCUGGCGACGUCGGCGGGCGCCGUGGAGGUGUCCCUGCGGGGGGAGGUGCCGCCGCGGCUGCUGGCGGGCUGCGGGGGCGCGGGGGCCGGCGGCGGGGGGGGUGGGGCGCGCGCGCUGCUGGCGGGCGGCGCGGCGGCGCUGGGCGCGCUGGUGCUGGGCGCCGCGCUGCUGGACGCCGAGGCCGUGCUGCGCCGUGCGCGCGCCGCCCCGCGCCCCGCGCCCCCUGCGCGCCGCGCGCCGCUCGACCUGCGCCGCCUCAACCACCACCCCGCCCCCGCCCCCGCGCCCCCCGCCCCCGCACCGCCGCCGCCCGCCAAGAGGAAGCGCGUCAAGAAGGAGAAGAAGGAGUCGUUCUGGAAGCUGGACGAGGCGCAGGCGGCGCUGCUGCGUGAGCUGGAGGCCGAGGCGGAGGCGGAGGAGCGAGCGGGGGCGGGGGCGGGGCGGGGGGAGCGCGGGGGGCGGGACCCGUCGCGCUCCAGCACCGAGGAGCAGGAGGUGAGCCCCGCCGCCACGCGCGACCAGUCCGAGGCCGAGGAGGAGCCCCCGGCCCCCGCGCCCCCCGCCCCGGAGCCCGACGACGACGCCGCCUCCGCCACCGACUCCUCGCACAGCGACGAGCCCCCCGCGCCCCCCGCGCCCUGCACGCACGAGCCCCGCCCCCGCGCGCCGCGCCCCGCGCCCCCGCGCCCCUCCGACCAGCCCAGGCUCCGACCCAACAAGUUCCACGUCAAGAAGGAGAAGAGCGUGAAGCGGCGCGUGGCAGCGGCGGCCCCCCGCGCGUCCCCGCCGGCCCCCGCCGCGCCCGCGCCCCCCGCGCCGCCCCCCGCGUUGCGCCGCACCGCCACGUUCAGCGAGGUGGUGGCGCGCUCGGAGGCGGCCGCGGCCCCCGCCCCCGCGCCCCCCGCGCCCCCGCGCCCGCUGGCCCCCAUCGGCUCGGCGCGGCCGCGCGGGGACGCCCCCAGCUCGGCGCACUCGCUGUUCUACUUCAACGGUGACGUGUCGGAGCGCGAGGCGUGGGAGCCCCCCGCCUUCCCGCGCGCGCCCGCCGCGCCGUCCAGGACACACAACUACACAGAAGAUCAACCAGCCGAGUACACGUCCCCGGCGCUGGGCUCGUCGCUGUGGUCCACCGACAGCUGGUCGUGGUCGUACGCGGAGGUGCGCCCCCCGCCGGGGUUCGCGCCCCCCGCGCCCCCCGCCGCGCCCCCCGCGCGCGCCUACGACCCCUUCCACGCGCUCGCCGCCAUCUGGGCCAGCGACCGCCCCGCCUGGGCCGACCCCGCCGACGAGCCGCGCAACAACCAGCAGCAACAACAGUGAAGCCACACAGAAUCUAUCGCGCCACGUUUCACACUAUCAGUCGCUUUGGAGGGAUAAAUGUUGGUGGUGACUGUCAAUGUGGAAUGAAGGGUGCGGCGAGUCUCUAAUACAGCUAGUUAUAAGUGAGCUUGGAUUUAAAUAUCCUGAUAAAAUAAAAUAAAACGUUAUAUUCAAAAUCGUGGGUAAUAUUGUAUUGCGGUCGUAGAUUGUGAAAUUAAAUUCCAAAAGUACGAGUUAUAAUGAUUCCUGUAACAUGCAGAAUCAGUAUAUUAUUAUGUUUUAUGACCCGUCUUUCAAGGCACCUCACAACGAGACUUGCACCUAAUACAACAAGCGCGAGAUGUACCUGCAUAUUGGGAAGAUGGAGUUUUCUUAUAAGUUUUCAUACAAAACUCAGAUAGUUGAACAGUUGUGUUGGAGACUCGCCGACACUAAUGAUAGGAAUCAAUUCAGAUUGUAAUUUGAAACAAAUGAUAACUUCCUCAAAUAGAAGGGGAUUACUUAUUACAAAUGUAUCAAUAAGUGAUUUUAACAACUUUGUCAUAAUUGUAUCACUUUGAAGAGGUUCACGUUAUGUUGCGCCAGCAUUAUGCGGAUGUGUGACCUGACAGUAUCUGUAUGUGUAGUUCCUAUAUUUUUUUGCCCGCUGAGGUGUGGCUGUGUCAAUGUAUUCUUGAUGAAAAUAAAACCUUAUCCGCGACAGUGGUCGGUCUGUGGCUGCGCAUCAUUGUCUGAAGACUGUUCUGUGCCCACUCUGUACUUAACUUACAAUGGUGAGCGGCUCUGAAUGUCGCGAGUGCAACACUCUUCUAUUGUAUAUGAGUGGUUUAUUACGUCAAUAGACUAAUCAGCGUUUUAAUGAUUGAUUGUGUUGCUAAAUAAUGACAGACUUCGUACCUAUAACGGACGAAGCUUGGACGCCUCCCCCGCGCGAGAGCGAGGGGGUGAGGGGGUCCCGCGGGGGCGCCGCGCUAGUCACUGCCGGCGGCGUCCCACGCUACUGAACAAAACUCAUACAAACACACUUUUGUUCCCGCCUCAUUACUUUUUUUUAAAUAAACAAUCUCCUGUUGUGA